CGGCUAUAAGAUCCAUUGUCUAUGGUUGCAUCAGCAACGUUUCUUCAGUUCCGUGGGUCAAGAGCAAAACAUCAAAUAGCUAUCUGCCAGUGUUGUGCGCCUUGCCAAUUGGUUCGAUUCCAUGGUCUCUUCACCUCGCUAACGUUGUUUAUGUGUUCCAGUUAUAUACCUUGUUAUCUCCUGGUGUUGUAAGAGUUGCGACUUAGUUAUGGUCAGAGCAUAGUUGUUCUUCAACUUUAUGAAUGCUUCAACUGCUGGGUGUACCUGCUAAUAUGCCUUUUCUCAGUUGAAGUGUCCUCUGAUAAUACAUGCCAAAAGUGUUCAAUAGGAUCUUUGUGUAAAAUUAACAAACAGUAUGUGCAUAGCAUUGUUUCUGUGGCAAGCUCAUCCUCUUUACCCAUUCCUCUUGCUACUCAACAGAGAUGAAUACCACAGCCGGCCAACCAAGCGUCUGACUUGGUGGGGAACUGGAGAUCAGAUUCUGGGUGGGAGAGAUGAGCAGGCAGGUGGGACAUGGUUGGCUUGCACCAGAGAUGGUAAGAUUGCUUUUAUCACUAAUGUGAGGGAACUCAAAUCAAACCCUACGGCCAAAAGCAGAGGAGACCUUCCUGUUCGUUUCUUGGAGAGCAACAAGAAUCCCAAGGAGUUUGCUGAGGAUCUUGCCAAAGAGGCAGACGAGUAUAGCGGUUUUAACCUAAUACUUGCUGAUAUCUGUUUGAAAUCCAUGGUUUACGUAACCAGUAGACCAAAAGCAGAAAACACUUUUAUCACAGAUGUACAACCUGGAUUGCAUGUGUUAUCAAAUGCAAGCCUAGACUCCCCUUGGCCUAAGGCUGAACGAUUGCGCCAUAAUUUUAAAGAUUUUUUAGAUAAAUAUGGUGAAAGAGAGCUUCCUAUGAAAGAGAUGGUUGAAAUACUAAUGACAAACACUGUUAAAGAUGAUGAGAGCAUGUUACCAAAAAUUUAUUCUGCUGAGUUUGAAUACCAGUUGAGUUCCAUAUUUGUGGACACAGACACUCCGUUGGGACGAUAUGGAACAAGAAGCACCUCCGUGUUGUCCAUAAAAUCAUGUGGGGAGGUCAAAUUCUAUGAAAGGUUUCUUGAGAAUGAAAAGUGGCAAGAGCACACAGAGAGCUUUCAAAUAGAGCGCAUGUAAGAGAUUCCCUCUGCCUAAUCUUUUAGAGUUUUGUGAAAGCAAGUGGCCUGUUCAUCUAAUCUAUAAGUACGAAUGAAAAAACAUUGCAGGCUGAUGUUUUUUUCUUUUAUUUUUUUUAAAUAUAUAUGUAUAUAAUAGUUCUUCAAAUAAAGGAAAUAAACUUCUGUA